UAUGGAGAUACCUUGACAGUGUGUAGGAUGAAAGUGUGGAGAGGAGAGACGUGUAACGAAUGGUGGUGUGUUUUUGUCGUGUUGGUUGUUUUGAAUUAUGAUUCCUUUUGCUGUGAUAGUAGCCUAAUCUAUUUUGAAAAUUGAUUACAUACAUUCCCUCACGCUACAUCAUACUCAUUUACGUUUCCAGUGUUGUCGGUAUCGCAUCCGCAGUAAAACAUCGUCAGUUCUUCAAACUAAGAGAAAAGUGUAUUGAACACACAGUGCCUUCCCAUAUCAGAAUUUUUGUUAUUCUUUGUAUCAAAAAGUAAACGAAAAUGACAUCGAACGACAACGAAACGUAUCUUGGAUUUGAUUUGAGUACUCAAAAGCUAAAAGCUGUCCAACUCGAUGCAAAUCUACAAGUUUUAGUGCAAGCCGAAGUUAAAUUCGAUACCGACCUUCAAGAAUUCCGAACCAAUGGCGGCGUGAACAAUGUUACUAACACAGCGGAAUUUUAUGUUAAGCCCACGAUGUGGGUUAAGGCCCUUGAUAUCGUGCUCGAUCGUUUGGUAGUCCAAGGAGCCGAAUUGAGCACAGUAGUCGCAGUUAGCGGUUCGGCUCAACAGCAUGGUUCACUUUAUUGGUCCAGCUAUGGCAUUAAGACGUUGUCCGAACUCGAUGCUGAUAAGUUUCUGCACACCCAGAUUGAUGAUUCUGCCUUUACCAUCACUCGUACGCCGAUUUGGAUGGACGGAUCCACCGAAAAGCAGUGCAUUGAAAUGGAGGAGGCUAUCGGCGGCAGAGAAAAAAUGGUCGAAUAUACCGGUUCCAAGUGUUACGCACGAUUCACUGGACCGCAGAUCCGGAAAAUCUAUCAAACUCGUUCGGACAGCUACGAAAACACCAAGCGUAUAUCCUUGGUCAGCAGUUUCUUGGCAUCGCUAUUUUUGGGUCAAGUGGCACCGAUAGAUUAUUCGGACGGAUCGGGAAUGAAUUUAUUGGACAUUACAAAGAAAUGUUGGUCACAGCCAUGUUUGAAUUCCUGCGCUCCCGAUUUGGAGGAACGAUUGGGUGAACCAGUUCCAACGAAUUCCGUCAUCGGCGAAAUUGGGUCAUUUUUCGUGCAACGAUAUUCGUUUAAUCCUCGUUGCAAGAUUGUCUGCUUCACCGGCGACAAUCCUUCAGCACUCGCCGGUUUGCUGGUGGCAAAAAAUAUGCUGGCAAUGUCACUCGGCACUAGCGAUACAAUAAUGAUGGCAUUGGAUGCACCUACCAAAAUGGAGGAAGGUCAUGUCUUGGUUCAUCCGACAGAUGAUGGAUACAUGGGCUUAUUAUGUUUUAGAAACGGAUCGUUGACUAGAGAUUUGUUCAAACGAGUCGAAGGAAAUGAUAGCUGGGAGUAUUUCAGCGAGCUGCUGGAUUCGACACCGAGAGGAAACUUUGGAAACAUGGCCCUGCAUUAUCCCCAACAAGAAAUCAUUCCUCAAGUGAAAGGAUCACUUCGAUGGAACAAAUUAAGUAAUUCCAGUGAUCCGGAGCUGGCGAAGGGUGUUUCAAAGUUCUCUUCACCUCAAACCGAGAUCCGUGCACUGAUUGAAGGUCAAAUGAUCCAUCACAAAUCAAUUGCUUCCGAUAUGGGCUUCAGUUUCGGCGAAGACACUAAAAUUCUGACGACUGGCGGCGGAUCGGAGAAUAAAUCAAUUUUACAGGUCGCAUCGGACGUUUUCAAUGCACCGGUAUACACGCAAAAAUCAUCGGAAGCGGCCGUCUUGGGUGCGGCGUUCCGUGCAAAGUAUGUCCACUAUAUCACCGAGAAUAAGAACGAUGAAAAGGAAUCGUAUUUCGAAUAUACGAGUAAAUUUUUACCGCAUCAUAUGCAGAGAAUCUGUGAUCCGAGCGUUGAUUCGGCUGGCAUUUACUCGGUGAUGCAACAAAGAUACUUGGAAAUGGUUCAUGUGCUACAGGACAUUGUGGCAAAAAAUAAUAACAAAUGAAUCACACAUUGUCCAAUGCCAUCCAGUGAGAAUGAAUGGUUGCCUUGUUUAACCGUAGCUGUGAUUUAAUCGAAACAAUUUGCAUUCUAAAAAAAUAAUUUCUUUUCCUCGUUUUUCAAAAAGAAAUUCAUCGUACGAUGAAUUGAGGAUUUUGUACAGUAAAAGCAAAAGGCUUAGUAAUUUAACUGUUUAAAGUGAUUUAUAUCUAUGCUUAGCACAAAGUGAUUUACUUAAUUCAUUAAUUUAUUUACUUAAAUUUACACAUUCCCCCAAAAACGAACUUACAUUCCAAUUUUAUUUUUAGAGAAAUAAUUUUCUUUCUUUUUUUGCAAUAUUGUUUUUUGUUACCAAUAAAUUUUUUACAAUUUUUUUU